AUGCGCCCUCUCUUCUUUCUCUCUCUCUGUCUCUCUCUCUCGCAUGCGCUCGCUCUUCUCUCUCUCUUUCUCUCUCUCUCGCGUGCGCGCUCUCUUCUUUCUCUCUCUCUCUCUCUCUCUCGCUCUCUCUCGCCUGUCGGUUGGGCUGGGCUGGGCGGAGCCAGUGGCGAGAUGGUGGGACCAUUUCGCGCCCGUCGGCGCGGUAACGACAAUUUGGCGCUGCUGCUGUUGGCUGGGCAAGUGAUGCAGAUUGGGAUUGAGAACAUUCCACCAGCCACGCUCUUUCUGUUUGGCCUCAACACGGUCGUUCAUCUCGAUCUUCUGGCACCGCUGGGCAUAUACCCGCCUCCCAUUCAAGCCAGCUGCCUGCUACCUGCUGCCAUCGUGGAAGGGCAGGCCUGGCUGCGCCUGUUUUGGCCCGUAAUACUUCACACAAGCAGCUACCACCUCUAUUACAACAUGGUCUCGCUUCUUUACAAAGGACGCAAAUUAGAGCCCCGCUUGGGCACGGAACGCAUGCUCAUGCUCACUGCUCUCUUUGGAGUGGGAGGGAACAUGCUGCACACAGGUCUGGCCUACCUUCUUCAUUUGGCUGGCUUUUACGAUUCUUACGUGAGCUGCAGCGUCGGCUUUUCCGGUGUGCUGUUUGCUUUGAAGCUUCGGGUCGCACCAUUUUUCUUGGUGCUGAGGACUGGCUCCUACCUGCUGAAGGGGAACAUACCCAUUCAUACCAUCCCCGAGCCCGGUUCACGCGUAGGUCAAUCGGCCUCUGUGCAUAUGCAAUCGCCACACACCCUUAUUUCUGAAAACCUGUUUUUGGACGUCUUCUCGCUGAUGGUGUAG